AGCGCCGAUCCGAUCCGAUCCGCCCCGCCCCGCCUUCCGCAUCCGUCCCUUCCCCAGCCCGGCCUUCCACGGCAGCCAUGGCCGCCUUCCUGGAGCCGGAGAGCCGGGCGGCCGGGGCCGGGCUCUGUCUCGGCAACUUCGUCUUCGGCUGCGAGUUGACUGGCAGCACCAGAUCCUACACCUUUAAGGUGGAUGAAGAUGACGACUCUGAGCACAUCCUGGCCCUGUCUAUGGUCUGCCUUACGGGCGGCGCAAAGGACGAAUGCAACGUGGUGGAAGUUGUGGGGCGUAACCGUCAGAACCAGGAGAUUGCUGUGCCGGUGGCCAAUCUGAAGCUGUCGUGCCAGCCCGUGCUGAGCCUGGACAACUUCCAGCUCCAGCCACCUGUGACCUUCCACCUGAAAUCCGGCUCCGGCCCCGUGCACCUCACCGGGCGGCACCAGAUCAUGCACAGGAGGGCACUGUCUGAGGAAGAGGAGAGUGGGGAGGAGGAGGAGGAAGAGCUCGCCCCCGUCAUGCCAGCCAAGAAGGAGCAAAGGAGACAGUAGCUGAGAGGCGCUGCCCUGCCCCCGACUGGAGCCCUGCCCCCGGACGGCUGUUCUCCUGGGACCUCUCUGGUUUACGUGUCAAUUCGCUGUUUGUUCCUGUCGGGUUUUUGGGGGGCUCCCUCCCAUUAAGGGGAUGCAUUGGGGUGAGCCCUGCCCCCGCACAGGGCCAUGGAGGGCUGAUACUGGGGAGAUGCAUGGGGCCCUGAGUGUGCUGGGGGUGCUCUGCUCUGGGCACUGAGAUCCCCAGCGCCUGGAGGCGAGCCUGCAAAGCCGUUGGUGUCCGAUGCUCUGCCAACCCUGCGCCCCAGCUCUGUUGCUCAGUAGAGGGAGUUUCUGGGGCUUGUUCCCUAUUUCCGUACACUGUGCGAACCAGCCCUUUGGUUGGUCCGUCUGGGCCCCUGCUCUGUUGCACCCUCUGAGAUGCCAGGCUGCUGUCUGCCAAGGGACUUUAGGCCUGGGCUGGGAGAGAGCAGCUGGAGCGCUGGGUUUCACAGGCUGAUUCUGGUCAGUUUCGCCUUGCAGUUCUGGGGCGCUGGCCCUGCGGUGCUGGCGGGGGCCUGGUGCUGAGUGGGGCGGUGGCAUCUCUCCCCCCCGUUUCUAUUCAUUGAGGGGGGAGGGUUAAGCCCUUUUUUUAAUAUUCGCUGCCUUUACACAUGGAAGUUUUAGAGAGAACCUCGUCACCACCCCCCAAAAUCCAGGGCUCCUUUCCCCAGUGCAAUAUCCCGGGUGAGCCGGGUGUGUACAUGGCACCUUUGACCUUGGCAUCCGAGAUCCGGCUCUGGUGCUGGGGCCUCGUCCGGGUGUCACCGGGUCGUGCUGGGUCUGGGCUGCCUUUGAGUCCCCUCUUGCCCCCGCUGGACAGUGGUUCGUUCCCCAGCCAAACCCCAUCUCUGUAAAGGGAUAUUUACACCUUGCAAUAAACGUUUCCGAUUGGGUGUCAA